CCGAGUACAACAGGCCACUCCUUGACGCAGAUAUUAAAUUGAUAGAGUUGGGAACUGUGGAGUGUGCGUUGUAGGUCGUUGCAUAAGCAUAUCGCGAUAAACCUUGCGUCCGAUCCAGAAGAAAGAAGAUCUUCACCGUCUUCAAGAUGUUUCGUUUCUUGACUGUGUCACUGGCCCUGUGCCUGAUUCUGACUGGGGCUGUUUCUGCUCAGUUCCGGAAGAACCAAGAAAAUCAAGAAAAAGAGCUGCUCACACGUCUGAUUCACGAACUGAAGGAGAUAAAAGAAGUAAAACGAGAGGAGUGCAACGGAAACUUGAAGGAUCUAGACAAGAAAUUGUGGUAUUGCUACGGCCGAAUCUGCUCCUAUGAAGUCCUUGAUGGAGAACGAAUUCUAGAUGUCGAGUAUGAUGAACGCGGCGACACCACAAUUACCAUUAAUGUCAGGGACAAGGACUACAAAAAGCUGGACUCCAAAUCUGAGACCGAUUUCUCCUUGCCGUUCAGCAUGGCUCUCAGCUCCGGCGGUACCGACUACCUGGUGACGGUCAGCGCAGUCACUGCGGCACCUGACAACGAAGGAUACACCAUGUCGGCCUGUGUAGACCUGUCUCCGAACGAAACUUACAACACCGACUAAGCGGAAGAUUGCAGGACCCUUGUGACUUCAUGACUACUGGCUUUGUUUUUUUUAUUUUUAAAAUUUCUUGAGGUGGUCGCUGUAGAUUAGCAGAAUGUGGGUAUUAUUCACCGCAAAUUGUAACUUGCACCCAUGCCCACCGCCCUCUACCGUAGAACACUUGCAAGGUUAUGUGACGGGUUGUUUUCCUUCACAGUUUGAAGCGCAAAGCAUUUUGGGCAGUCCACAGACGUGACAUUUGGCUUAACUUACAUAGCAUCACAUUAGAUUGAUAUCCAAAGCAAAAUGUCAGAUUUUGUCAGAUUUUGUCAGAUUCUCCUCUUUGUUGGUAAUAGUGGGGCUGUUAAGGUCAAAUAUGAUACAAUUGUGGGCUUUGUGACUAAGGCCUGAAACCUCGCAUGUUGUUUCUUCAUGCCAUAAAGAAAAUGUUCAAAUGUGGAGACAUUUCAUAUUUGACCUUUGGUGACCUUUGAUAGGUCGUUGAUCUUUACUUACACCAUUUAUAAUAAUUAUUCUUGAAAACACCAAUUUCCUAUCACCUCAGUCUAUGUCAUAGGUUUCCAGUAUAGGGAAAUAAUGAUCAGAUGUGAACAAAAAUAUCAUACUUGACCUCCUGUGACUUUUCAGAGGUCAAUGACCUAUAUAUACACAGUAUUUAUAGUUCUUCAUAAGAUUUACGCCUUGAAACCCAACUUUUUUUAAGACCCAACUCUAAAAGUUAGGUGUUCAUGCCAUGAAAAACAUUUUCAUAUAAAUGGCACUUCAUAUCUGACCUCUGGUGACGUUUAAGAGGCCAGUGAACUUUGUAUACCCUAUUUAUGAAUAUCUAUAAGAUUUACUAUAAAAAAACCCCACUUUUAUGACCCAAGUCUGAAAGUUGGCUCUUCGAGACAUGAACAGAAUUUUCAAAUGUGAACAUUCAUAUUUGACCCCUGGUGACCUUUAAGAGCUCUAUAAAUGUUGCAUACACUAUUUGUCACUAUUUAUCAUAUUCAAUAUUCCGAAUGCCACUUUUUCAUGACCAAGUCUAAAUAGUUCAAAAACUCUAAGUUGUUUCGUUCAUACUGUUUCUGUUGUUUGACGAGUUCUCGUGAAAUUUUACUGGUGAUUGUGAGACAUUAUGAAUAAUUACUCGACGGAACAUGGAGUGAAUAUAUUAAAUUUUUCUUCAGAUAU